UAUGUAACUUUGUUGUGACUGCGUAGUCGUCAGAUUUUUAAUCUUCGUACAGGACUUGUAUUAAAAAACAAGUAUUUCCUAAACUUCUGACACUGCAACGUUAUUAAAUAAAUCGAAAUGAGUGCAAUCACAAGCGAAUACUUGAAGAACGAAACCAUCGCAUCUCAGCCGUGGCCCCAGCAAGCACAUCUCUACCAGCCCUAUGAGGAGGAACAAAUCCUGCUGGCCGAAAACGCCAGCUGUUUGGCCGUGCGCACUUACCUAACCAUGUUGAACCUGCCGUUCGUGGUGGAUCAGCGGGCGAAUGCCGAAUUCAUGUCCCCCGGAGGCAAGCGCACGAAGCUGCCGGUCCUUCGCGUGGAGAACUACACCUAUGCCGAGUUUGAGCACAUCCUGAGCUUCGUCGAGUUGAAAAGCCUGUCGCUGACGAAGCACCUGACGGCCGAACAGAAGGACGACAUGCGGGCCCAUCUGUGUCUGGUGGAGCAAAUUUUCACCAAUGCUGAGCAAUACAUCAGCUGGGUUGAUCCGGAGGUGCUGCAGAAGUUGACCCGCCAACGGAACGGAAGUGUUUAUCCCUUCCCUCUGAAUCACAUCCAGAACUGGCGCAAGCAGAUGGCCGUGCGCCGUCAGCUAGGAGUGGCCGACUUCCUGAACAUCACCCUGGACGAGGUGGUGGAAAAGGUGGAAAAACUUUGUACGUCUUUGAGUAUGCAGCUUGGCGAUAAGAAGUAUUUUUACGGCGAUGAACCAACCGAACUGGACGCUUUGGUGUUUGGGCAUCUGUUCAGUAUUUUCACCAUCACGCUGCCGAACAAUAUUCUAGCGGUGACGAUUAACCAAUUCAAAAAUUUGACCAAAUUUUGUAAAACUAUCGAUGAGAAGUAUUUCAAGAAGGUGGCCGGAAGUCGUUGAUUGUAAUUGUAAUUGUAAUUUAUUAUCAUAAACGUAAGCCUGGCGGUAUAACCAUUAAUCAGGUCAAGGAAAUUUAGGAUAUUGUUUUUGUUAUUACGAAGCAUUUUGAAUAAAUGAAAAUUUAAUGUUC